AAAAAGAAAUAAGAACUAGAACGCGUUUUCUCCAAGGAGCCACUGUUGAAUCCUCUCAUCUCUCAUUGCUCUUUACUUUCUCUCACAAAAAUGACUUCAUCCCUGCGUUAGGGUUAGGGUUUCAUGAACAAAAACCCAUCCUUUUUGCCUACCAUCUUUUCAAAGACAGACAGGCUUCAAGGGCGGCCUUUUCUCCUGCAAGUUCGUGGAUUGAUUGUGGGUUUCAUUCACUGAUGGCUCCAAGUUGUUCGCUAUCUUCUUCCUUCGGAUGCUUCCGUUUCGGGAUAACCUGGAAGCUGGCUUCGAUUCUUUUGUGGGUCUUCACUUUAUCUUCAGUCGGCGUGGUUUUCGGGUCCGAUUUGGACAGAUCAGCUCUUUUGAAGUUCAAGAUGUCAGUUUCCGACCCUUAUGGAGUUUUGUCUAGUUGGGAUUCGGGUAGUUCGAGUCACUGUUCGUGGGCUGGAGUUCUCUGCGACCCGAAUUCUCGUGUUUUGGCCCUUAACAUCAGUGGAGGAGGUACGCCAGGUUCUUUAUCGUGUGCUAAAUUUACUCAAUUUCCUUUGUAUAGGCUUGGUAUUAAGAGAGAUUGCUUUGAGAGUAAUGCAAAACUAGGAGGUUCAAUCUCAUCUGAAAUUUCGAAGCUUUCGGAGCUUAGAAUUUUGUCACUUCCUUUCAACGAUAUAAGGGGUGAAAUCCCAUCUGAGAUAUGGGAGAUGGAGAAAUUGGAAGUUCUUGAUAUGGAAGGGAAUGAGAUUUCUGGGUCUUUACCUUCCCAUUUUGGUGGUUUGAGGAGCUUGAGAGUUCUAAAUUUAGGUUUCAAUCGCAUAAUGGGGGAGAUAUCAGGCUCACUGGCUGCCCUAUCGGGUCUGCAAGUCUUGAAUUUGGCUGGGAACAAGGUAAAUGGGACUAUCCCUGGAUUUAUUGGGGGAUAUACCCGCUUGAAAGGGCUUCACUUAUCGUUCAACAGACUUACCGGCCCUAUUCCUAAGGAGAUUGGCAAAAACUGCGUAAAACUUGAGAAUCUAGAUCUUUCGGGGAAUUUCUUGGGGAGUCAGAUUCCUUCUAGUUUGGGUAAUUGUAUCCAUUUACGCUCGCUCCUCCUGUAUUCCAAUAUGUUGCAGGGUAGUAUUCCAGUUGAGCUUGGUCGAUUGCGUAAGCUACAAGUUCUUGAUCUCUCGAGGAACACCUUAAGCAGUUCAAUACCAUCCGAGCUAGGGAAGUGCUCUGAAUUAUCAGUCCUUGUUCUAACCAACCAGUUUGAUCCUCUUCCAAAUGCUGCUGAUUCCGAAGGCAAUUCAUUGAAGAUUGAGGAACUCAAUUACUAUGAAGGAACACUCCCCUCGGAACUUGUUUCUCUUCCGAAGCUGAAGAUACUUUGGUUGCCAAGGGCGACUUUGUCAGGAAGACUACCCGUCAAAUGGAGCUCUUGUGCAAGUUUGGAAAUUGUAAACUUGGGUCAGAAUUUCUUUAAAGGAGACUUUCCUUCUGGCCUUACCCAAUGCUCUAAGCUUUCUUUUCUUGAUUUGAGCUCGAAUUAUCUGACCGGACAGCUUCUUGAUAAGCUUCCAGUUCCUUGCAUGACUCUCUUCAACGUAAGCAGGAAUCUUCUUUCAGGUUCCAUUCCAAGGUUUAGUUAUUCUGCCGGCUGUCCUUCUGUUGUUGCUGAUACUCGUGAUUUGUCGUUUCCAUAUGCAUCGUAUCUGAUUCAAGCGACUCUAGGUGACAAUAAUGGCGGUAAAUCGGUUGUAGUGCAUAAUUUGGGGAGUAAUAACUUCACAGGAAGCUUCCAGUCCUUACCUAUUGCGCCUGAAAGAAUGACGAAGCAAACUGUUUAUGCUUUUCUCGCAUAUGGAAAUAAGCUGACUGGACCGUUCCCAGGUCCGUUGUUUGAGAACUGCAACGGUUUGAAAGCCCUGUUUGUUAACGUCAGUAAUAACAGCAUCACGGGUCGAAUCCCUGAAAUCGUUGAAGGAGAGUGUUCGUCGCUUAAGCUUAUGGAUGUUUCCUUGAAUCAACUUACAGGGGAAAUCCCUCUUAGUUUGGUGAAUUUGGUCUCACUUGUUGCUGUCAAUCUCAGUUCGAAUUUCAUUCAAGGUGAGAUUCCAAGUAACAUUGGGCAGUUAAAGGCUCUCGAGAUUCUUUCUUUAUCUGGUAAUAAUCUCACCGGGUCCAUACCCGCCACUUUGGGUCAGUUGUAUUCUUUAGAAAUUCUCGACCUUUCUUCAAACUCGCUGUCGGGUAAUAUUCCUGAAGAUCUUUCGAAUCUGUCGAACCUGACUGCUCUUCUGCUCAACGACAAUAAACUUUCUGGGCAAAUUCCUUCAGGGUUGGCAAAUGUAACCGGUCUCGAGAAAUUCAACGCCUCCUUCAACAAUCUUUCUGGACCGUUGCCUUGGAACGAUAACACUAUGAAAUGCAAUAGUCUCCUCGGAAAUCCUAACCUAGGAUCUUGUAAGGUUUUCUCUUUAGCUGUUCCGUCAGCAGAUUCCCAAGGAAUGAAUGGAGAUUUGCAAGGUGAUACUUCUCCGCCUAUAAGCCCUAGCCCGAAGGCCGGAAAUAGUAAUAGUGGUUUCAAUUCUAUUGAAAUCGCAUCCAUUAGUUCGGCGGCUGCAAUCGUAUCUGUUCUCAUCGCUCUAAUCAUUCUCUUCAUAUACACCAGAAAGUGGAAUGCUGGGUCCAGAAUCGGCGGGUCUAGCCGAAAAGAAGUAACUAUCUUCACCGAUAUCGGGGUCCCGCUGACUUUCGAGGACGUUGUGCGCGCAACCGGUAGUUUCAACACCAGCAACUGCAUUGGCAGUGGAGGUUUCGGAGCGACUUAUAAAGCCGAGAUUUCUCCAGGGCAAUUAGUGGCCAUAAAGCGGCUAGCAGUAGGACGUUUCCAAGGCGUUCAGCAGUUCGACGCUGAAAUCAAAACCCUAGGGAGGCUUCGUCAUGUAAAUCUGGUGACCCUGAUAGGCUACCACGCCAGUGAAGCCGAAAUGUUCCUCAUAUAUAACUAUCUCCCUGGUGGGAACUUGGAGAAGUUCAUCCAGGAAAGGCACACGAGGACAGUCGACUGGAGGGUUCUCCACAAGAUUGCCUUGGACAUAUCUCGAGCCCUUGCCUACCUUCACGACCAGUGUGUUCCGCGUGUCCUUCAUCGUGAUGUCAAACCUAGUAAUAUCCUGUUGGACGAUGAUUACAACGCUUAUCUGUCUGAUUUCGGUUUGGCUAGGCUGUUGGGCACAUCAGAAACUCAUGCCACCACCGGUGUUGCUGGGACUUUUGGUUACGUAGCUCCUGAAUACGCGAUGACUUGUAGGGUUUCCGACAAGGCUGACGUGUACAGUUACGGGGUUGUCCUUCUGGAGCUGCUGUCGGAUAAGAAAGCGCUCGAUCCUUCCUUCUCCACUUAUGGAAACGGCUUCAACAUAGUUGCAUGGGCGUGCAUGUUACUUCGUCAGGGACGUGCCAAGGAGUUUUAUACUAUGGGGCUGUGGGAGUGCGGACCCCAUGACGAUUUAGUGGAGGUGCUGCAUUUGGCUGUGGUGUGUACGGUUGAGUCGCUGUCGACGAGGCCAACGAUGAAGCAAGUGGUUAGAAGACUAAAGCAACUUCAGCCCCCUUCCUGUUGAGAAGAAGAACAAGGGUGAUUAGUGUUUUUACCGUUGCUAGACAGUUUUAAAUUGCAAGUUACUUUUGCAUGUUCAUGAUUGGAUGAGGGAGUAGUACUUUUUUUAAUUUUUU